AUGCACACCUCCUCCUUUUUUUCUCUAGUGGUUUCCAUUACGGGCGUUCUCGGCGACAACAUUACGUUUGGCACAGGUUCAACAGGUGGGCGGUGCUGCGAUCACGGUGUUUCGGAUCCCUCCGAAACAUGCAAAAAAAAGGGUUUAAACUCUUAUGGUUGCACCGAUUGGAGCUACUCGGCCAAGGAUGGAGGUGAUUUCCUCUACUUUCCCAAGGGUGGCUGUGAUGUGGACACGGUUAAAAACUGGCCUGUUGGACGCGACGUUCUUGACUUCAUCCCUGGUAGCGUUGUAACGCAUUUGAAAGAGAAAACCUCUGACCUUGAGGUCGGAUUUAUUGGAUGUGCGAAUUAA